UUCAAUUGAAAACUUCAAACGGAUGUUACAUUUUUUUAAAAUUUAAUUUGCCACAACUCCACUUUUCUUCCAGAUGUUUUUGUGUUUACCCAAAUACAAGAAUCGCGUUAGAUGAAGGAUUUUAUUUAGAUAGCCGAAAAGACGAAGCACGAGCUUCGCUCAGGUCUCACGUAUAUAGUCAGUAAAGAAUGAUUUCGGUUCCUAGGCUGCUUGCCUUUCGAUUCUUAUCAAAGAUACGCAAAUUUUUAUGGCGAAACCACCAGUUGUCAGAGGACGACGUUGCUAAGUUAGUCGAAGAGAGCCGGCUACAUGAACAUGUUAUUCAAAAAUGGCAUGAAGAAUUCCUUGAGCUUUUUCCGCGAGGAGUUGCCUCUAGGGAGGAAUUCUGUAAUACUGUGACGAAGUUGUUACAGUGUGACUUGAGUUCAGACCCAAGGCCGUUGCUAAACCGUAUAUUUACAUAUAUUGUGCGAAUGCCGGAAGUCAUGCCGUCGCCUAGACCAACAAAAAGAUCCCGAGGUCGUGAAGCGAAGCUCAGAGGAAGAGCCGUAACAGAAGACUCCGACACGGAGCUUUUCGAUAGUGUAUUUUUUACCAAAAAUGUUUCGUCAAGAGAUUCAGACAGCAACAAAUACGUAUCGUCCAGAACGGUCACGGGAUCUUUAUUGGCGGACGCGUGCCGUUGCGAGCGGGGAGGAUCGCCGUUAUCAAGGGCAACAACAACAACAACGAUGCCAAUCGAUGCAAACACCGAUGAAUCAGAAGUGACCUUCCCGCAACUUGUUUGUUUUCUAGCUAUGCCCCUUGUGGGAUAUACGGACAAAAAACUUGAGUGGGCGUUCGACGUUCUUGCUUAUCACCAUGCAUUCAUUCAUUGGGAGGAGUUCAAGAAGACCUUAAUUAUGAUUCGGAAAAUGCGCGGCGCGGAGCUCAAGGAUGCUGAAGAUGGAAUUCGUCAAGCGUUUGAUAAAAUGGCAGAAGGCCGGGGUGUGAUAGAUAAAGCCCGGUUUAGGUGAAGUUUUUGUUGCAUGUUCGGCGGUGAUAUAAACCUUUCGGUAGCAAUUCAUGUAUUCGAACCCGAAACUCAUACGAGGAAUCGCUAGAAACUACACCUGCAUGAUGGCUUCUCCGGGCCGGAUUAUAAACAUAUCGUAACUAUUUAGACAACCGGAACGAGUUUUGCAAUAGAAAGUAAUGUUUCGUCUGACAAUUUGUUUAAACGAAGUUGUUUUUGACAAUAAAUCUUACCUAUUUCCCUUGGAUCCCUCGGGAGCUGCU